CAUCCGAGUGGAGAGCGUAGGCACUGAAAUCCAAACCCUAGAGCUGUCAUGGCAAUGGCGACGGCGACGGCGAUCUCCGGCAGCUUCGGCGGCGAGCCCGGCGCGGUGCUCGCCCCGUCGGCCUCAGUACUCCCCGCGCCGCGCCGCCUCAACUCCCUCGCCAGCUCCAAGGCACAAUUUAGUUCGUUUACUCGUCGGCGAUCUUUCAACCUCAUGCUUACACCUAAACUUCUAUGCAUUGAGCACCAAAGCUUGUCAAAGAGCUCCACUCAGACUUUUGCUCUUUCAAGGAAUGACUUUUCUCCUAUAACUCAAGAUGUGGAAGGCUUCCUUCACAAUAUUGUGAACAUGGGGUUUCUUGAUCGUCUGAAACUAGCAUGGAAGAUAAUCUUCCCUGCACCAAGCAUUAAGGAGAACUCCAAUGCAAACAUCGCAAAGCAGAGGCUUAAGAUGAUCCUGUUCUCCGACAGGUGUGAAGUGAGUGAUGAGGCAAAGAAGAAGAUCGUAGAGAACAUCGUUGAGGCGCUCUCUGAGUUUGUGGAGAUAGAAUCACGGGACAAUGUCCAGGUGGAUAUCUCAACUGAUGCUGGCCUUGGCACCGUAUAUUCUGUGACUGUUCCUGUGCGCCGUGUCAAGCCUGAGUACCAGGAAUCUGAAGAGCAGUACAGAGGGAAGAUCGUAGGUGUUGACUUCAAGGACACUGGAGAAACGUCAGGCAGCGUCGAUGUUACAUUUGAUUUCUUCGUGCCCAACAAGAACUACUGACCGUUGCAUUUCUCUCUAAGUUUACUUUGUUGCAUCCCUGGACUCCUUGGUUAGAAUGCGGUCUAGUCUUAUGUACAUAUCUAGGCUUUUGUUGUUUCUGCGUUUCAUGUAAUUUUAUUCAUGAAUUGUUGUUCUGGAGCUGGAAAACAUCAGUGCCGUGGAGUUAGUCCAAGUUUUUUUUUAAAGAAAUGUUUUAUUUACAAGGAAAGAACGUUGUGCACU